AUGAGCGCUCCCUCUGCAUCGAAAAGCCCGUCGCUACUUGUCCAAGCGACAAGAGAAGGAGAGAGUCCUGUGUCAAUGAGAACACAUGCCGUCAAGCGAGCGAGGCUACGGCUGGGAAAUGCCGAGGGUCAGGCAUCUACAGGAUCUGAGUCGGUCACAAUUAAUACGCUCCUUGAGCACGUCUCACCCCAACUCAGUGAGGCAAGUUUCUUCUCCUUGACAUCAAACUGA